AUGUCCACCGACCACACCCGGCUAGCCGACUCGUUGCUCCAUACCCUGCAGCCGCCCGAGAGUCCCAAGCCGCCGACCGACAGCAACACCGCCGCCGUCUCGUCCAAGCCCGCUGAGCCGCCAGCGACGUCGCAGGCUGCCGGGCUCGAGCCCAGGCAAGCUCAAGCUCGAAUGCGAUCCAGCAUUGCUUGCAUUCGCUGCCGGCGGUCCAAGGUCAAGUGUGUCAACAGCGGGGUCGGCACACCAUGUAGGUCUUGCGAGAACUCGGGGAGGGAGUGCUUGUACCCUUCGCCGGUAACGACGGGCACACGGAGGAGGGACAGCUUGUCUGGAGGGCCGAGUGGGUUGGGGGAGGGUGAGAGGCGGGUACGGCCGAAGAAGAGCAAUCACACAUUUGUCGCCAGCUCUGGGACUGGGUUGAACGAGUCGCUGCGGCCGGCAUUGGAUGCUUUGGACUCAAGACUGCUCACGCCGCAGGUAUGGCAGGAGUUGUUCGAUAUCUUCCAGAUUCACUACUCUGCGGAUCUGCCGUUCGUGCACCCGCCGACGUUUCUGAAGCCACUACGGCAGGCCAACAUGCAGCCGUCGCCGACCAUUGCAACACCCAACGAUAUCCACUCAGGCCCACGUCCUCCGGUAUCACCAGAAUUCCUGCUGUCUUUCCUGGCACUGACCGCUCGUUUCCAUCCCAAGCUGGUGUCUCACCACUCACCUCCAACGUCCGCACGCCCAAGCAACCCUCUCAUCGCGGCAGAGUACUAUGCCGCUGCUGCGAGCGAGAAGUUGAGCAACAACUGGACCGAAAGCACUCUCCAGGACAUCGAUAGGAUCCAAGCUUUGCUCAUGCUUGGUCUGCAUGAAUGGGGCAUGUGCCGGGGAGCCAAAGCAUGGUUGACUAUAGGAAGCGCCAUUCGACAGGCUCAGGCCAUGGGACUGCAAUACGAAAUGGACCUGGACGAUGAACCGUUGUCGAGAUCGAUGGCGCUGCAUUCGGAGGCGGAGAGGCUGGGUGUCAAAACUCGAUCCAACUCGAUUUCGGAAGACAGCUCAACAAACGAGCGCGAUGCUUUCAUUCAACAAGAAGUCCGACGUCGGACCUUCUGGAGCUGCUAUAUCAUGGACCGCUACCUGAGCAGUGGCAAGUAUCGGCCUCAGAUGCUACAGGCCAAGGAACUCAGGAUACAACUUCCCGCCAGCGAGCGCUCGUUCUUGUUCGCGGAGAAAGUGCGCACGCUAAUGUUGGGUGAGGAGGAGCAUAAAGUUGCUGGCAGAGCAGAAGUCCAGAGCCACCGACAGGCAUCGCUUGGAAUGACCGGCACGCCAGACAGGAAGGGCCAGAUGCAUGACUCCGGCGAACCCGAAGAGCGUUUGCAGGUUGGCGCCGACGAAGGGCUUGUCAGCCGAUACGUCAAGAUUCUCGAGAUUUAUGGCAAGGUCGUCAAGUGGUCUUGUGCUGGAGGCCGGAGAACCGAACAGCACCCGCCAUGGGACCCACGCUGCGAGUUCUACCAGCUCAACAAGCAAUGCCUGGACUUCAAGAAUAGCCUACCUCGCGACAACAUGCUAUCACCAUCUAAUACGCAAGCUCAUAUCAGCAUGAAGAGCUCAACACCAUACACGCUUAUACACUGUGUUUACUUACUUUGCCAGAUUGCACUUCACAGAGAGUAUGUGCCAUUCCUGCCGAUCCGGUGUGAGAAGCCAGAGGGACCACUGGAUCCGCCACUGUUUCCUUCGAACAAGUAUGAAGUGCCAGCUCGAUUCUGGGAGGAGAGCGCUCGUGAAUGCUUCAAGUCGGCUCGCGAGCUUAUGGAUCUGGUGCGAGCAUGUCAGGAAUGGAGCGUGCUUGUCGAAACUCCGAUUGUUGGUUUUGCCAUCUACACGGUGGCCUUUGUCGGCGUCUACUGCAUCAACUUCCCGCAGAUGGACCCCGGUGGCUUCAUGUGCACACCAAAGGAGCAGCGUCAAGAUGGCAGCAAAGCUGGCGCGAGCAAAGGCUUCGAAGCCGCACGGAAGGCUUUGGAGAUGCUUGGUCAGCUACGAACGAAGUUGCAUAUGGCCGAUGGUUGGUUCAGCACUAUCAACCGCAUGCACAAGUAUUUGAGACGGAUGAAGAGCGACUACAAGAAGAAUGCGGCGGCAAAUGAGUCGAUCACUUCAGGCAGCGACAGUCCGACGUCGACUCGCCACCUGAGCAUUCGGGAAGGUGGAAUUGGCGGCGGGUUGGAUGAGUUCAAGCUUCUUGAACGUGUGCUGAAGGAGUUUGGAUCUUUGGAGGACCAGGACUCGCCGAUGGCGGAUGUGAGCCACGGGAACGGAUCUCGGCCGCUUGACGCAGUAUACGACGACAGUGGAUCUGGCACCACUGUGAAGAGCGAGGAACAAGACCGCGGACCUCCACCAUCAUCCGAACCACAAAGAUCCGGCAGUGGUCUCUGGAGCGCAAUCAAUGCUGCGCCUUCGACGGCGAACACCAGUCAUCAGCAGUCUUCGACGCCGACCACAAAUGGACAGUUCAGGGCUUACGACUCAUACCAGCAAUCUCACCAGCAAACCCAUGCACCUCCCGCCCCGCAGCCCAACUACGCACACCAGAUAAACAACUUCCGGCCCGCAUACUCCCACGACAGCACUGCCGGCGCGCCACCCAGCCUAACAUCUCCUGGCUCGCACACCGCCACCACGCCUUCUAACGCCUCUCCACCCUUCGACCGCCAACACCAGCAAUACACCGGCUGGGCGCCUCACAACGCUCCUUACGCCAUGCAACAUUCACAAGCACCACCCGGCUAUCCUCCCGGCCUUGCUCAACAUCCUCAACAGCAGCAUCUCCCACCCGGCUUGCCCAACCUCACCGCCUACCCUACUCCAGGCCAAACGCACACCCCGCAGUCUAUGCAGCCGCCCGCGCCGCCUAUGCAAGAGGCCCAUCAGCCUUGGAACCAGAUGGAGAAGGAGGCUUGGCUGAAUAACCUGGACACGAGGCUAGGUGGUGAUGAUCUGGCGGCUUUUGUUGAUGGAGGGGACGUGGCGGAGUGGGCGAGUAUGCAUCGGGGGUAUGGGGGUGGGUGGUUGAGUGCGGUGUGGGGUGAUAAUGGAGCAGGUGGUGGGAUGCGGUGA